ACAUGAGCUGCACGUGACGCCUUCACUUCAUCUGCUACCUGCGUUGACAUCUACCUUCCUCGAAGCCAUGGCGUUGGAGGUCGCCGGAGAGUGCCAAACCUACAACGGAAGGAUCACGUCCUUUGUCAUCCUCUCAUGCGCCGUCGCGGCCACCGGAGGACUCCUCUUCGGCUACGACGUUGGAAUCUCUGGUGGGGUGACUUCCAUGGAGCCGUUCCUGGAGAAGUUCUUCCCGGACGUGUACGCCGAUAUGAAGGACUCCAACACCAGCAACUACUGCUUGUUCGACAGCCAGCUCCUGACCGCUUUCACGUCCUCCUUGUACAUCGCCGGCCUCUUCGCUUCCUUGUGUGCGUCGAAGGUCACGCAGGCCUUCGGUCGCCGGGCGUCCAUGCUCCUCGGCGGCGCCGCCUUCAUCGUGGGUGCUGCUCUUGGCGGCCUCGCGGUUAACGUUUUCAUGCUCAUCUUAGGCCGCGUCCUCCUCGGCGUCGGCGUCGGUUUCACCAAUCAGUCUGCUCCUCUGUAUCUAUCGGAAAUGGCUCCACCAGAACACCGAGGAGCAAUCAACAAUGGAUUCGACUUCUUCGUCGGACUCGGAAUACUGUCGGCCAACUUGAUCAACUAUGGAACUCAAAAGAUCCAUUCUGACUUGGGAUGGCGAAUCUCUAUAGGGUUCGCUAUAUUUCCAGCCACAAUCAUGGCAUUCGGCACUCUGUUCCUUCCGGAGACUCCCAGCAGCAUCAUCCAACGCACCAACUCUCUCCAAAAGGCCACGGAGAUGCUUCGGAAAAUACGAGGCACGGAUGACGUCCACGCCGAGCUCGACGACAUGAUCGCUGCAGGCAACGUGUCGAAGGCGGCACGACGCCCUCUGCUCACCAUCAUGCAGCGCAAGUACAGACCCCAUCUCCUCAUUGCAAUCUUGAUCCCUUUCUUCAAGCAGAUGACGGGCAUCACGGCGAUCACAUUCUACUCCCCGCUCAUCUUCCGGACCGUCGGCCUCGGAGAGAGCUCCUCGCUCCUCUCCACCGUCAUCUCUGGGGUCAUCAACGUGGGAUCCGUCGUCGUGGCCAUGAUCAUAGUCGACAGGGUGGGCCGGCGCAAGCUGUUCAUCGUCGGAGGAGUUCUCAUGUUCGUGACGCAUCUCAUGGUCGGAGGGGUGUUGGCGGCGCAGCUCGGGGAUCAUGGAGGGAUAAGCAAAGGCUACGCGUACAUGAUCUUGGUGUUGAUAUGUGUGUUCACUGCAGGCUUUGCGUCGUCUUGGGGGCCAUUGGGAUGGCUGGUCCCGAGCGAGAUACUUCCACUGGAGAUCAGAUCGGUAGGACAAAGCAUGGGUAUAGCAGUGGCCCUCUUGUUGGUCUCCAUCGUUGGCCAAACCUUACUUUCCAUGCUUUGCCAUUUCAAGUCCGGUGUGUUCUUUUUCUUCGGAGGAUGGGUUUUGAUCAUGACAGUGUUUGUCAUAUUGCUCUUACCCGAAACGAAGGGUCUUCCUAUCGAGAAGAUGGAUCAGAUCUGGAGAGAGCAUUGGUUUUGGAAGAAGGUUGAGGGAGUGGAGAAGGAAGGCUCGGCUCCAAGUGCAGGAAGAGACUGACACCGAACUCUGUAGCAGCGAAACCAAUAGCUGCGUCAAUUGCCGUCUUCAUGUAAUUGACUUGAACUCGAAAG